AUGGCAGACGGCUGGCCGUUGGACCCGUGGGUCCAGCAGAAGCUCUCGCCCGAGCAGACUGAGCAGUACCUCGACCGCCUCGCCCUCCCCCGCACCCUCAUCAGCGAGCCGCCGUCACUCGACCUCCUCACCCGGGUCCUCGUCUCGCACCUCGAGCAGGUCGCCAAGGACACGACGCCGCUGCACGUCCCCGAGGAGCAAUGGGACGGGCCGAGCACGCCGAUUCGCCUCUCGUCGGCCUUCACCAACAUGCCCGAGUCGACCGGCGCGUUCGACCGGGUCGUCCUGCAGCGCAAGGGCGCCUUCUGCUUUGCGAUCAACGCCGUCUUCGCCGCCCUCCUGCGCUCGCUCGGCUUUCGAGUGUCGGAGCUCGCCGGCCGCACGUUCAAGGACCUCGGCCACGACCCGGACAAGAAGCCUGAGGGGUGGAAGUGGGGCACUUUGACGCACGAGUUGCUCGUCGCCGACUGGCCGGGCAGUGACGGUCGCUGGGUGGUCGACGGCGCUUGGGGCCCUUGGAGCUGUUCGGUCCCGAUCAAGCUCGAGGACGGCGCGCAAACCCUCGGCCUCAACCCGUACGAGGGCUUCCAGCUUCGACACGAGCUCAUCCCGCUCGGGCCGACCCAGGCGCAGCCGAUCGACAAUGCGCCCGGCUGGACGCUGUACCGGUUCAUCCCUCCUCCCGUCACGCCGCUCUCCCUCCCUAUCACCGCCUCGCCCGACAUGGGCUUUUGGUCGCCCCUCUUCCACUUCCACCUCCUGUCGCUCCCCCUCGCCGACUUCCGCCUGUACCACCACUUCUCGGCGUCGCACGAGCUCGCGAGCUUCACGGCCUUCUUCCUCGUCACUCGCCUCCUGCCCGGCACCGGCGGCGCCCGACGGUCGCUCAUGUACGCCGACAAGGAGGGCCUGCCGAGGCGGGCAAAGGUGUACACGACGGGCGGGACCGAGGGGAAGGGGAGCCUCGAGGGCAGGGACGUCGAGUGGGUCGACAUGGAGACGGGCCCGAUGAAGGAGUACCUGCGGCGCGAGUUUGGCUUCGGCUUCCCGUAGACGUCCUAGACUUGCAGUAGAGCCGUUUCACCAC